ACUGGAACCGAGAGAGGACGCUUUUGUUGCCCCCGUCUCUCCGCCCGUUCGGCCGGCUUCUUGAUCGAACAAAGCGAGCGGAGAAGCAGAGUGAAAAGCGGGCGAUCGCGCUCUAUACGCCGAUUGUCGACAGUCGAAACUGUAUAACUCGUAGCCGUCCCAGUGCCGAUGAAUGCGCCCCCUUUCAUCGUCCUCACUUUCCACCAUUUUCUUGUUUUAGUACUUGAUGAGUGGCUGGGCGAAAGGAUACAGUUUUCGGUGCCAACCGGUCGACUAUUCCAACAACGCUAUGGCGCUACGAAUGGCCAACACAUGUUGGUGGUAUUACAUCAGCAAAUUCACCGAGUUCUUCGAUACCCUCUUUUUCAUUCUGAGGAAAAAGAAUCAGCACGUGUCAACGCUUCACGUAGUCCACCAUGGCAUAAUGCCAUUUUCAGUUUGGAUGGGCUUGAAGUUCGCACCAGGCGGUCAUAGCACUUUCUUCGCCCUUUUAAACACAUUUGUUCACAUUGUAAUGUAUUUCUACUAUAUGGUGGCUGCAAUGGGCCCUGAAUACCAGAAGUACAUAUGGUGGAAAAAGUACCUGACUACUAUGCAAAUGGUGCAAUUCGUGUUAAUCAUGUGCCACCAGUUCCAACUUCUUUUUAUAGACUGCGAUUAUCCUCGUAGCUUUAUGAUUUGGAUCGGUUUACACGGCGUGCUCUUUUUAGGUCUUUUUUCGGACUUUUACAAAGCGAAGUACGUGGACAAAAGGGAAAAAUCGGCAAGGAACGGUGUGCAAAAUGGCUCGACCGGUCUUUGCAUGCCUGUGCUCGAUGAUUCGUCGGCGCCACGGCAAAACGGUGUCUCGUCGUACACGACGAUCUACAAUAAGGAGUACAACAGCUGUUACAGCAACGGAACAAACAACGGCUACGUCGCCAAUAACAACACGGAGAAAAAGCUCGCUUAGGACGUUCUGGUUUUGGUAAACGCUCUUAAACAAUCGUCGAGAUACCAAAUCGCACGAUCAAUCAACAGUAUAAUUAACGCUAAUUGUUGCCGGCACAAUUGACAUUGGUCGAUAAUACACAACAGUGACUUUGUUACACAACAAUAUAUUAUAUACAAAACACGCCGAACGAUUUCGACUCGAGUUAUAUUAGUGAGUUUUGCGCGCGACUCCGCCUGUCGGGUCCAGUGUGGCCGAUUCGCGAAAGAAAAACAAACUGUAUACCGGUCGUAAUACGCCGUGGAGUCUGUGUUCAUGUUCACGUAUAGAGUCGUCGACGAGAGAAGAGGGGAGAGACCUGUCGCGCAUAACGUUCGAUUUUUCCCGCUAACGCUUUAAAUUAUUUCAUAU